AUGUUUCACCUGCCCAUGUUCACCCCCGAGCAGGUGGCUCGGGUGUGCGAGAACCUGGAGGAGACCGGGGACAUCGAGCGUCUCGGCCGGUUCCUGUGGUCCCUGCCGGCCGCGGUGCCCGGGACGGCGGCGGAGGCCCUCAACCGCCAGGAGUCCGUGAUGCGAGCACGGGCCCUGGUCGCCUUCCACGGUGGGAACUUCGAGGGCCUCUAUCAGAUCCUUCAGAGCCACCGGUUCACCCGCGAGUCCCACGCCAAGCUGCAGGACCUGUGGCUGGACGCGCACUACCGCCAGGCGGAGAGGCUCCGCGGGCGGCCCCUUGGCCCGGUGGAGAAGUACCGCAUCCGCAAGAAGUUCCCGCUUCCCCGGACCAUCUGGGACGGCGAGCAGAAGACCCACUGUUUUAAGGAGAGGACGCGCAGCCUGCUCCGGGAGUGGUACCUCCAGGACCCCUACCCCAACCCGUCCCGCAAGCGCCACCUGGCCCAGGCCACGGGCCUAACGCCCACACAGGUCGGCAACUGGUUCAAGAACCGCCGGCAGAGGGACCGAGCCGCCUCCGCCAAGAACCGGCUACAGCAGGACCCCUCCCUCCCCACCACCGAGAGCUCGCCGGACGGCUCCCACCAGGACCGCCACCGCCACCCCGGCUUGCGGCUGGCCGCCUCCCCCUCCUCCUCACCGCAGCCCCCCCCCAGCCCGGGCGCCAGCGACUGCAGCACGGGCAGCGAGCGCCGUGGCAACGGCGGCGCCUCCACGCCCGACAUCUCCGUCAGCAGCGACAGCGAGUUCGACUCGUAG